AUGCCGACAAAGGAGGCUGUGGGUGUGCCGGUCCAGAUUGAGCCUCAAAACGCAGUUGUCCUCGUGGAUGCGGAAGCCAGAUUUAACUGUAGCCCUACUGCCCACGUCUGGCACGUCAUGAUCUGGUCAGUUGGUGAAGAGGUUGUGCUCACUGUCGUCCAGGAAACCGGCUCAGUGGAAAACUCUGACCGCUUCAGUGCCGUAAACUACACAACGACCGAGAGCCAGAGAUGGGAACUGAUCGUACGAAAUGUGAGCAGGAGUGACUCUGGACCGGUCACCUGUGCAAUCCAAAACAUCGGCCGACAAACAGCAAAUUUGACGGUCCAGGAGAGAGGCACCGUGAACAUAGUGGGAGGAGAUCAGACCAUAACAAAGGGCGAGGAAGCCAUUUUCCAGUGCCAGGCUGACGGAUGGUUCCCAGAACCACACAUAUCCUGGACCCUCAAUGGCGUUGUGGUUGACAAAAACUCCUAUAACACCACCAAAGAGGAGCAGGGCUCUCUCUUUAACUCUGUCAGUGUUCUCCGACACACUGCCCUCGGUAACUCCUCUGUGGAGUGUCUGGCCAGUGUGCCUGCGAUGAGCACUCCCCUGCGCAGCAGUGUCUAUUUAAUAGUAGGUAAGAGGAACUCCACCGUGUUGAUUGCUGUCACUGUGUCCUUCGGUUCGGCGGCCCUGCUCGCGCUUCUCAUUAUCGCCAUCGUGUUCUGUUGCAAAAAGAAGAAGAAAGCGCGGUCAACUUAUCAAGAGGAAGUAAGGGCACGAUCACAGAGUGUGAGACAGGGGACAAAUAACCUUGGAUAUGUUACAGAUAACAGCGACAGUGUGCAGCGGCCACAGAACGGGAAGCAUUUAACGAUGGCUGACUCAGUGAACAGUCAAGGCUAUGACCUCAGCACCAUCAGUGGGAACGGCAUCAGGAAACACAGACACCAAACAAUCGUCUGA